AUCUUCAAAUUGGUCACCGGUGAUCUGACCAGUGUUAUCGUUAUUGUUUUAGAUACAGUUGACCUUCAGUUUCAGGGCCCAUUUGUUCCCAUUUCUUUGAGGCCAGUUCUCGGAAUCGUGGCAGCUGAUGUCGCCUGGAGGAGGCAGGAUCCUGGAGAGAGGAGGAUUCCCAAGAGCUGAUGACAUGGGUCUAGCCCAGCCUCCAGCAGGGGAGGAACACAAGACUCCAGGACAGUGAGGAGCCCACACUUUGCCCAGACCUGGACCCACCUGAGCGGGCCACCUGUUCUCCAGAGCUGAAUCACGAGAUGACACUGACCCGGGGGCUGCUCUCCCUGACUCUGCUGGCGCUCUGCUGGGGACUCAGCACAACAGGGGCUGAAGGGACUAUCCCUCUGGAGACCCUGCGCUGCCACAAUGACUACACCAGCCGCAUCAUCUGCAGGUGGGCAGACACCCAGGAUGCCCAGCAACUGGUCAACGUGACCCUCUACCGCAGGCCCAAGGAGGACCAUCCACAGCGAGUGUCCUGCAAUCUUAGUGACGACAAGCCCUGGUUAAACAGCCCUUGUCCUGGCUGUGUACCCAGAAAAUGUGUUAUUCCUUACCGAAACUUUGUCCUUGCCGACUAUGACUACUUCUCAUUCCAACCGGACCAGCCUCUGGUCACUGAGCUCACCGUUAAUCUGAGUCAGCAUGUGCAGCCCCCCACACCCAAGGACCUCAGCGUCACGACUACCAGGGAGAGUCUCCUGCUGUCCUGGAGGAUAGCCCAUGAGGGUUUCCAGAGCCACUGGCUAUCCAGCCUGGAGUUUGAGGUGGCCUACAAGCGGCUUCAGGACUCCUGGGAGGAUGCCCACACCAUCCACUCCACGUCCCCCCAGGCCAUCUUGGAGCUAAAGUACCUCCUGCCCAGCAGCACCUACGUGGCCCGAGUGUGCACCAGGCUGGCCCCAGGCUCGGGGCUCUCAGGACGACCCAGCCAGUGGAGCCAGGAGGUUUCCUGGAACUCCCAGCCAGGGGAUAAGGCCCAGCCUCAGAACCUGCAGUGCUUCUUUGACGGGGCCGCCCUGCUUACUUGCACCUGGGAAGUGAGGUCCGAGGUAACCCGCUCUGUCUCCUUCACCCUCUUCUACAAGACCGGCCCUGAUGCACGGGAGGAAGAAUGUUCUCCUGUGCAGAAGGAGACUGGCAGUCCCUAUAUCCGGCACCGAUGCCAGAUUCCUGUGCCUGACCCCAGGAACUACAGCCAGUACCUCGUCUCUGUUCGACCAAAGAUGGAAGAGAAACUUAUAAAGAGCUCAGACAACAUCCAGAUGGCUCCCCCAACCCUCAACGUGACCAAGGGCAGAGAUGGCUACAUCCUGCACUGGAAAGAAGAAAAAAUGAGCUACUCACACAUAGCUUGCAUCUUCCAGGUCCAGUACAAGAAAGAAGGAGCCUCAUGGGAGGACACCAAGACAGAGGACUUCCAGAAUGCCCACACCAUGUCGCUGCCACCUCUGGAGCCCGCCAGCCGGUACCAGGCCAGAGUGAGAGUAAAACCCGACCCAGGGAACUACGAUGGGAUCUGGAGCGAGUGGAGUGAGGCAAGGUCCUGGGACACCGACUGGGUGCUGCCCAUGUGGGUCCUAGCCCUCAUCCUUAUCAUCAGCACCUUAAUCCUGCUUCCAGUUCUGCACUUCUGUGGCGUCUACGGGUACAGGCUGAACCGGAAAUGGGAGGAGAAAAUCCCCAACCCCAGCAAGAGCCACCUGUUCCAGAACGGGAGUGCUGGACUCCGGCUGCCAGACAGCGUGGCCACCCUGGGUGGUGGAAGCUGCCCACAGAAGGGGCCGUGGGGCAGCAGCUGCCCUCAGCUCCUGGAGGGGGUGUUCCCUGUAGACUGCAGGCACAGCGAGGUGUCACCUCUCACCACAGAGGACCCUAAAGAUGCCUGUGACUCAUCAUCAGAGCCUGACAUGACUCUGACCGCCUCGGACCUUCCCACGGAGCAGCCCCCCAGCCCCUCGACAGAGCUGGCUGCCCCCUCAAGCAGGCCUGAGAGCCAGGCUUCUGGCUUUGACUUCAACGGUCCCUAUCUGGGGCCGCCCCACAGCCGCUCCCUGUCUGACCUCAUGGGCCAGAAGGUGCCCCCACAGACAGGCAUGAGCAGGAAUCCACAGUCCUCGGGGUCCCUGGAGUACCUGUGUCUGCCCGCAGGGGGGCAGGUGCAGCUGGUCCCGCUGGCCCAGGUGAAGGGGCAGGGCAAGGCUGGGGAUGGGGAUACAAAGUCCAGCCCAGGGGCCCAGAGGAGCCAUUCCCUGGAGUCAGGGGUGGGCCUUGCCCCUCCAGAGCCUGGGCUGAUGGAGGAUGGUCAAGACCAGAAGGAUAGGGCCCCCACAGUUCUGCCCACUGGCUGGCCUGAGGAUGGCACCAUAGCCUCUGGUUAUGUCCCCACUCCAGAUCUGAUAUUCACCCCACCCACUGGGGCCCCAUCUCCCUCCCAGGCUGCCCCUCCGAACCUCCCCUCAGACCAGAACCCCACUUUCCACCCUGGACUGGCUAAUGGGCCCCCUGUAGCCUCAGCCCCCCGGAAACCAGAGUUCGAGGGCUAUGUGGAGCUCCCUCCAGCCACAGGCCAGUUUCCCCAGUCCCCUCUAGCCAGCCCUGCCCCUCCUAGAGUCAGCAGCCCUGUCCUGAACCCAGGCCUGCACCGGGCAGAUGUGCCCCCCACCUCCCCUACCCCUGAGGGUCUCCUUGUCCUGCAGCAGGUGGGUGACUACUGCUUCCUUCCUGGCCCUCUCUCCCCCCAGAGUAAGCCCACUUCCCCAGGACCGUGUCCUGAGAUCAGGGACCUCAACCAGGUGGUCCAGGCUAAGAAGCCUCCAGCUCAGGCCUUUCCCCAGGUGCCAGCCAUUCAGCUCUUCAAAGCCCUGAAACAGCAGGACUACUUGUCACUGCCCCCUUGGGACAUCAGCAGGCCUGGGCAGGUGUGCUGAGUCUCUGUAGACCUGGAGGGAGGGGAACAGAGGAAAGGGCCUGCCUUUCCUCCUGCCCUGCCUGGCGCUCCUGCCACCCCUGCUCCCUUCCCUGGUCCUUUCUGCAAAGCCAUGGAGAAGCUUCCAUGUUGUAAUAGAUGCAGACCAGAAAAAUAAGUUAACCAUCUACCUCCCUCCUUGACCUUCAGGAAGGUCAAGCUUCUCUCCCUCCCUUCCUCUCUGCCACACACACACACACACACACACACACACACACACACAGUUCUUUGAAAUUAAUUUAUUUU